AGCUUGCGAUUCAAACACCCGAAAAAGAAUUUCGAACGCCCACGAGUUUUGGCUUCAAAAUCGCACGCUUGGUAGUUCCCUGGCGGUUAUGGUUCGGCGGUAGCGGCUAUCCUUUCGGAGCAUGACCAUUGGAGAACCUACGGAACGAAGCGGCGGCUUGCCUCACAGCGCUAGCAAUCACACCAAAGAAACUCCCGAAUCCACGCCAGAGAUGCCAAACGUGGUCAUUCCCGACCUGGAGCAGCGAUUGUCCAUCACAACAUCUCCGGACCAAUCGACGGACGUCGACGAAUUGUCUCGGCAGAGGGACCAGAACGAUUCCCCCAACUCUGUAUCGUCGUCGUCUUCCCGUCCUUUGCAUCGAAACAACGGUCGGCUCACAUCCAUAGCGCGGACGGCAGCCCGUGCCACCAAGGAGCAAUUCUGGGAUUCCAACGAAUCCGGGAUCGUAGCGGCACAAACCGCGGUGGAUCGAUGGGAAGACGCCUACGUCUGGAUCCGCAACGCGGUCGUCGCCUCCAACCGCUCGGUGGCGGGCAUCUACGAAGCCUCUAAGGCGGGGGUGCGGGGACUCGACCAGGGCCUGCUGGUCCCCGUCCGGGACUAUGUGCUGCUCCCAACAUUUGGGGUGGCGGAGCACGCCGUGAGCGAAACGGCCUCCUUUCUCCGAUCCGCCGAGGCGGAGCGGAUCCGGACCGCCGCUACGAAGGGAUCCUCGGACUUUAUUUCGUGGGCUGUUCCCUUUGGGAUGGGGGACAGCGUCGUUCUGCCGGCGGUGGGCCUGGGCGCAGAAGCGGUGAAAACCGCUUGGGACGUGGCAAGGUACCCCGUCCCCUCACAGAAGCGGGUCAGGGACACGGUCGACUUUUGGCUCAACGGUUCCAAGCACAAUCUGGCGGUGUGCGGCCACGAGAUCAUCUGGUAUGUUCGAAGGGCGGAUGCCAACAUCGCUCGGACCCUCCGGCGGACCCAGUGGACGGUCCUGGGUAGGGGUCCCUACGAAACGCUCGACGAAGCGGCCCGGGGAGACGUAAUGGACCACGUGUGCGAGCGCUACCUGUCCAUCGGGAACGGAGGGAGUGACGAGACCGAGGAAGACCCCACGGCCCUCAUGGUUUCCCGCUACGAGUACAUGGCGAACGUGAGGGCCUGCAACCCGUCUCUCUUCCGGGAUCUUGUCGAAACGGGAUUGCUCCGAGAACGGGGUGGCGGCUCGACCAGCGGCGACGAAUGGUUGUCGGCGCGGCCGCUGUACCGCGACCGAAGCAAGGACCUCUUUUUGCUCGGCGAGACCGGCGACAAGGGGUGUGGCGAUCCCGAUCACUCCGGGGGUGCCUUUGCCCUCUGGUUCCGCCUUCCGUACGAAAACGGCCAGCGGCCCAAGAGAGACGUCCCGUGGGUGUCUUUUGAUCACAAGGAAGGAUCAAUGCUGGAAAGACAGUAUCGACAUAUUCUGAAACAGACAAGUGUUCCUGCCGGUGAUGAAACAUCCGGGGGCAGUGACUCCGUGGAAAUCACGAACGGGAGCGCAGAACAACACCUGCCAAAGGACGAACAAAAAGUAGAUUCGCCAUGGGAAUCGGCAAAAUACGAAACCCAAUCCAAGUGGUUAGAUCCCGAUUUUGACCGAGAUAUCCUGGUGGAUCAGAAACGUCACGCGGUUCGAUUUAUCCGCUGCUGUCCCAAAUACCGCAAACGGCACACCAGGGACGAAGAAGAAGCAAUUUCCCGUCCAUUGAGCGAAUUGUGCAGCGUGUGCCAUCCAACAGAAGGAGAACGGCAAGCGCAAUCCGGUGAAGGCUUCGCCAGCGGUCCACAAGGACCUUGGGGAGCCGGUCGUCUGCUGGCUUUCCCCCCUCCUCUGUUGGGGCUGUACCGCCCGACGAUGUGGAGGUCCUAUGGUCCCGAUGAGAUUCGCAGAGCGGUGUGGUUUUUAGACACCCCACAAAAUGGCCCCCAGCCGUACGGUGAAGAUGCCCAGGCCAUGCUGGAGGAUGCCUAUCACUUUUUGAAGUGGAUCAUAGAUUCAAAACGAACCAAAGCUUUGUCCGAUGCUAGGGAUCGUAGUGAUGAUGAUGAAAGCUCCGACGACAAGAGCGAUGAGAACGUGUUGCUAACGGUGCAAGUUCUCAGUCCCGACAGCGGCGAGCAACAGCUCGUGCAAUUUUCGUCCCUGACGCUGGCAACUGCCAUCGGCAGAGGGCUCGGGGGAGCUAUAGCGCUUUUCAAACGACGCGUGUACCGGGGGGCAUACAAUUGUUCACAGAGCGACGACAACGAACCGAGAAACGAUGAUCUCAACAGAAACGUUGAAGACGACAKUAACGUACCAGUGGACGACGAAUCGAGAUGGACGACAACUACAGAGGAUGCGCUGGAACGGCUUGACCUAACCAUCGACACUCCCGAGUCCCUUUCAAGGAAGAAGAUCGAACGCAUGGAGAUCGAUCUUGACUACAAGGAGUGUUUUAAGGAUUUGGAAGAAGAACAAGAGAUCAAACCGGCAAUCAAUGAUUCUGUCGACGAAAAUGAGCAUCAAUUUUCGACUCUAUCAGAAAGUUACCCGCGUUUGGAUCGACCGUCUUUGGCUUUUCCUGUCAAGCGGAUCGAGGAUAAUCUUGUCAACGAUGAUGCAGAGUGCUUCAAAGCCGACCAUCUCAUACUCGUGAUCCACGGCAUUGGAGAAAUGAUGAAAGCCUUUGAUUUAUUUGGAUUAAAAAAGGUUCCUACGAUUGUAGACUGCUGCGGCUACCUUCGAGACAAUCACAACGAAAUCUCGGACGUUCGACUGGCCGAAUUGGCUCGGACCAACGAUUCGGUGGCUGGUUCAAAAAAGCCGGGACGUGUGGAAUACUUGCCCGUGGAGUGGCACGAAGCCUUUUCCAUCCAAUCCACGAGACGGCCGUCGGUGGAUCCGGUGUCCCCGAACGCGAAUCGACGAAAACGAAAGGUCGGCAUCAACGACAUUUCGUUGCGCACGAUUCCAAACCUCAGGUCUUUUGCCAACGAUACGCUGAUGGACAUCCUUUACUUCAUGAGCCCCGUGCAUCACGACAUCAUUAUCGAUAUCGUAACGUCUGAAUUGAAUUUCAUUGUGAAGAGAUUUCGAACACUCACUGGAUUCGAUGGCGAAAUCUCGAUCAUUGGACAUUCUCUUGGAAGCAUCGUUGCAUGGGAUAUUCUUGAUCAUCAGAAAAAGAAUGAUCCUGUGGGGCAAAUCGAGCCAAAUCUAGCUAGAGACGACGAUUCCUAUCGAUACCCGCAGCUCGACUUUCAAACGGACUCAGUUUUUCUUUUGGGAUCACCCAUUCCGGUCUUUUUGAUGAUUCGGAACAAGGAGAACCCGCUUACCACGGCCUUUGUUUUGAGCGGCUGCCCAAAAGUCUUCAAUAUUUUCCAUCCAUACGAUCCCGUAAGCUAUCGCAUUGAACCACUUCUCAAUCCCAUGAAUGCCGAAAUCGAACCUGACAUCAUAAUCCACUGGAACGGUGGCUUCCGCUUUCAGUAUCAGACGAAGCGGCUCUGGAAAAAACUAGUGGAUCAGACCUUGCGAGCAGAGGAGAACGUGAUUCAUAGUCUGGAGUCCGGAAUCGAGGCCCUCGGACUUAUUGACUCGACCUUCACUAAAGACAACCCGCGCGAAGACGAAAAAGAAUCCUCGCAUGUAUUACAAACAGGAUCUCUCAACGGAGGGCGACGCAUCGACUACAUGCUGCAAGAAAAGGAAAUUGAAACUGCGAAUGAGUACGUAGCGGCUCUUGCUGCUCAUUCUUGUUACUGGCUCGAGAAAGACCUCAGCCUCUUUAUCGCAAACGAAAUUUGCCUCGAGAAGGAGAGAAGGAAUCGGACACCUCCCAAGAAUUUCUAAGCUUCGAGUUCUAUUUUAGUCCAUUGCCUCUUCAAUAUUUUUUCUUCGACCAUUCCUUUCCAGAGUUUUAUCAAUUAAUCAUGAUUUGCUAUGGAAAUGGCAUCUAUUAGCAGAAUAGAUAGCUGUCUAUCAU